GGCGGGCGAGCCGAGCCAGUCGGCUCCGCGCUUCACGCGUGUGCGCAUCUCGUGCUGCGUUUUUAACGUGCCGUCACAUCAAGCGACUCCGUAACAGCUCCGACAGACCGGGAGGGAGAGAGAAAGACGGAUAGGCAGCUAGAGAGAGAGAGAGAGAGAGAGAGAGAAAGACAGAGGCCUCCCGACGAGACGUUCACGUUGUACUCGCGCGGCGUACUGACAGCGAUCAAAAAUCAGCGGUGUGCGUGCGCGCGCGCGCGCGCGCACGGUCCGAUUUCCGCGUCUCUUCUCUUUAUCUCGCGGGGUCUUCUUCGACGCGGGGCGCCGGCCGAGGAGGACGAUGAGGACGACGAGGAUGUGAGAGCGGCGCGCACCUGGAGCGUCCGCGAUGGCGCGGAAAUGGUGACGAAUUUCAGUAUCCGACAUUUGGCCACUCAUCCUGAGGGACACAUAGAUCAGAAGUAAGGAUGACCUUCCACUGGGAUAAGCUCUCGCCAGCGGAAUUCCAACAACUUCAGGACUUGGCAGCUUAUUCCACGCGCAAGCUCCAGGAUGUUCUGGCUGAAUUUUGUGGGAGCAACACGACGCCAAGCGGCGUGCCGAAAUAUCAUCCGGACGGAGACAUCGAUUACGAGGGUUUCCGCAAAUUCCUGAAUUCGUAUCUGGAGAUCGAUACACCGGAUGAAUUAUGCCGACAUCUUUUCCUUUCGUUCGUCAGGAAGGGCUCGCGCGGAGUAGACGGCAAAGCCUUCAAAGAGAUGGCCGUGCUCUCCUCGACAACCGCCUGCGCCGCAAUUACAUCGCACACGACUUCCAGCAGUAACGUUAAUAGCACCAGCGUGCUAGGCGGUGCCACGGAGAGCCACGUUGGAUCCUCGCUGGCCGACAAAAUUCACGGAAUUACGGAAAAAUUGCAAGCGCUAGGCCAUCACAGACCGGAAAGCGAAGCCUCGAGGACGCGAACGGGAAGCGUGCAUCCGAUGUUAACGGUCACCCAUACGUCGUACAGCUGUCACGACGUGCUGGAAAAGAAGAGCACGGAUAGUAGCCCGAGUCAAAGCCAAAUGUCGCGUAAUUCAUCCAGGAAGUCGAACAAUUCCCUCCUUGUCAACAACGGGAAAUUGGAAGAAAUGAGGCACCUUGUCAGAAAACAAAGCACAAUAGACGUCCAGUCCGUUAAAGUCAGCCUCAAAGAUAUCGUUUGUUAUCUCUCCCUCUUGGAAGCCGGCAGACCGGAGGAUAAAUUGGAAUUUAUGUUCAGACUGUAUGAUACGGAUGGGAACGGCGUCCUUGAUACGAACGAGAUGGACUGCAUCGUAAAUCAAAUGAUGAACGUCGCGGAGUAUCUCGGCUGGGACGUCUCAGAGCUGAAGCCGAUUCUGCAAGAUAUGAUGAUAGAAAUUGACUACGACGCGGAUGGCACGGUCUCGCUGGAAGAAUGGAAGAGAGGCGGCCUCACGACAAUACCCCUGCUGGUUCUUCUGGGUUUGGAUUCCCACGUGAAGGAAGAUGGGAAUCAUCUGUGGAGGCUAAAACAUUUCAGCAAACCCGCGUACUGCAAUCUCUGUCUCAACAUGUUGGUUGGCCUCGGCAAGAAAGGGCUUUGUUGUGUCUUUUGCAAGUACACGGUACACGAGAGGUGUGUGCAAAGAGCGCCAGCCUCCUGUAUAGCCACUUACGUCAAGAGCAAGAAGACAUCCCAAACAAUGGUUCAUCACUGGGUCGAAGGUAAUUGCCACGGAAAAUGUUCCAAAUGCAAAAAGACGAUCAAGAGUUACAAUGGCAUCACCGGCUUACGUUGCAGAUGGUGUCAAUUAACCUUGCACAAUAAAUGUGCGUCACAAGUGCGAGCGGAAUGUACGCUCGGCGAUCAUGCGGUACACAUCCUUCCACCUACGGCAAUUUGCCCCGUUGUACUCGAUAGACAAAGGUCAUUGUCAAGGGACAGCAAACGUGGUAGCAAACACUGUCAGGAUAGCUCAUCGGUCAGUUCCGGUGUUUUCCUGGGCUGCGGUAGUUCGUCGAAUCAGCAACCAGCUAUGUCCUUUCAAAUUACACCACUGGAGAACACGACGCCACUUUUGGUUUUUAUAAAUCCAAAAUCGGGCGGCCGGCAGGGAGAGCGAAUGUUACGGAAGUUUCAAUACAUUCUGAACCCUCGGCAGGUCCAUAAUCUAGCGCUCGGUGGGCCCAUGCAGGGCCUGCAGAUGUUUAAGGACGUCGAGAAUUUUAAGGUGAUCUGUUGCGGCGGCGACGGAACAGUCGGCUGGGUUUUAGAAACCAUGGAUCGCGUGCAAUUCGAAAAACAACCUGCCGUUGGCGUUAUACCUCUCGGUACGGGCAAUGAUCUCGCCAGGUGCUUACGCUGGGGUGGUGGUUACGAAGGGGAAGCGGUACACAAAGUGCUUAAGAAAAUAGAGAAAGCGACGCAGGUGAUGAUGGACCGCUGGCAAAUAGAUGUGGAUCAAAAGGACGAGAAGAAACCGAAUCAAGAUAGUAUACCAUAUAAUAUCAUUAACAAUUAUUUCUCGGUGGGCGUCGACGCCGCCAUAUGCGUCAAAUUCCACAUGGAGAGGGAAAAGAAUCCCGAGAAGUUUAAUAGCAGAAUGAAGAACAAGCUGUGGUACUUCGAAUACGCAACCACGGAGCAGUUCGCUGCCAGCUGUAAAAAUCUCCACGAGGAUCUCGAGAUAAUUUGCGACGGUACGCCUCUGGAUUUGGCGCACGGUCCAUCUCUGCAAGGAGUCGCAUUACUAAACAUUCCUUUCACUCACGGGGGCUCGAAUCUCUGGGGCGAACAUCACACGCGGCACCGCCUUGGCAAGCGAAAAAAGCGGCCCGACAAAGAGCUCAGCACCAGCAGUUUCAAUUCCGUAGAUCUCACAGCCGCUAUUCAAGAUAUCGGGGACAAUCUCAUAGAGGUAAUCGGUUUGGAGAAUUGCUUGCACAUGGGCCAGGUAAAGACCGGACUGCGACAUUCCGGGAGAAGGCUAGCCCAGUGUAGCAGCGUCACCAUCAUCACGAGCAAACGAUUCCCCAUGCAGAUUGACGGUGAACCUUGGAUGCAGGGUCCUUGCACGAUUCGUAUCACACAUAAGAAUCAGGUACCGAUGCUGAUGGCGCCGCCGCCAGAUAAGAGCAAGGGCUUUUUUCGGUUCUUAAGGAGAUGAACGCGGCAGCUUUACGCUUUUCACCUAAAAAGGAAGAUGGAUACUGUCGAGUGAAAAGAUCGAUUUCACCUGUCUCUACCCAGUCUUGUCAUCAUCCGGCACGUUUAUUCCUCUUUAUUAUCGCAGAAAUGUAUCGGUUUCCAUCGUAUGUAGUCGCAGCUUCGAUACACGUCUAAACGCGAAGAAACGCGAGCGUCAACGCGCCUUAGGUAUUCUUGUGUACAGUAUUUUUCAAAAUAAACGAAAUUUUAUGUCCUAGUCUUAGACGCCAAGCGGUAGGCUCGACCGUAUCUUAAGCCUUUUAAGAAACUUCCGUUCGUUUGCCCUUAACUGGAAAUAUGUGGAGCGAAAAACGAUCGGAUUCAGCCGCGAGCUCGAUAAACUUAAUUUACAAAUUCUUUUUCAAAUUUAACGAGAAAUAGACUCGUCGAGACGAAGACGUCGUCUUUUCUGUUAAGGGCCAAGUUAAAAUCUCGCGCGAGUAAUCAGUCGCGCAGCGGGUGCUUUCACGUUCCGAGGUUUGAGUCUACCGCUUCUUGCAUGUGCAGAUCGAUCCGCGCAUGUAUUUACGCAACAAAUAGACGACAUAUUAACACGGCGAGUAUUGUGCGGCGUCGUGCAAACGAGAGUGGAGUUGUAACGGCCACUUCAAUCAACUUGUAUAACGCGGAUGUGUGGAUACGAUUCUUUCAAGAUCUAUCGCCGAACAAUUAGCGUCUUUCUAGCGUAGAAAGGAUGGACAAGCAGAUGGACUGGACUGGUCGACAUUUUCGCUUGUGAUACGUGAUAUAUUCCUAAUUCUGGUUCUCCUUUGCACGAAUCCGUCCGUCAAACAAAUCACAUACUUUCCUCAAUUAACUCUAGGUUUUUUGUACCAAAGGCUUAGCCGUAAACGCUUAGGCAUAAAUCACGACUCGUUUAUUAUUUAUUUGUAUGACGUAUUUAUUUAUUUAUUUUUCACGUAUAUUAUAAGUGAGAGCAAUAUAUCAUAAGCAUAUCAACGAGCAAGUGCGAUUUCGUAGCACAUUGUAACAUAUUUGGUUAUUAAAUAUUUAUAUAUCGCGAAAUUGUGAAAUCAGUGAAUAUCAUUUAACCUUCGCGGAUUAUAACUAAAUAAACAAAUAUAUAAGG